AUUAUUUUCCAAUAUAUGUGAUUUGAUUUGAUGAAACAAGCUUCUAUAUUUGACUCCUGCUCCAUACUCAUCAUUCCUGCUUGAUCCACCAUAUCUGCUACUGUUUUCGACUCAAUCCAUCUCCUUGUGUUGAUCCUUUCUUUUCUUUGUCAGAAACUUCCAUUAUUUUUUGGGUGAUCUGCUUCUCCCCCUUAAAUCGCUUCCUUGCUGCCUAUUAAGGGUUUAAUUGAGCUGCUUCGCUCCCUCGUCAUAGACCCUGGAGAAGCCAAUUUAAGGUCCUCCUCAACUUAAGAACCACAAAAUUGGCAAGCCCACCAAGAAGAUCUCCUACAUCAAGCUAGGCGCUGUUCCUCUUCAGUCGAUUGCCUCCUCCUUUCACAUUCGGACGAAAAAAGAAAUGAUGUUUAUUCAUGCGUUCAUAGAGGAUGCCCUGCUGAUAGUUGAAACAAAUCAUUAGCAACGAUUUGCUUGAGAGAUGGAGCUAAUAUUUGUACUUCUAGUGUUCGGAAACUUGCUUUUGGUAGCACCUGAUGCCCAAGGAGAUGCACUCUAUGAUCUGAGGGCUUCACUUAAGGCUUCACCUGAUCAGCUCACAGAUUGGAACCAGAAUCAAGUUAAUCCUUGCACUUGGUCUAAAGUUAGCUGUGAUGCGAAUAACAAUGUUUUCUCUGUAUCAAUGUCAUUCAUGGGAUUUACGGGAUCCUUGUCACCAAGAAUACGAGUUCUAUCAAAGCUUACCAUACUUUCUUUGCAAGGGAAUCAAAUAACAGGGGGGAUACCAGAAGAGUUUGGGAACCUAACUAGCUUGACGAUGUUGGAUUUAGAAAGCAAUCGUUUGACUGGACAAAUACCAUCUUCGCUUGGAAAUCUUAAAAAUCUUCAAUUUUUGAUCUUGAGCCAAAACAAUCUUGAAGGGCCUAUCCCGGACUCACUCUCAAGUCUGCCAAACUUGACAAGCAUUUUACUUGGUUUCAACAACUUCAGUGGCCAAAUACCUGAUCGUUUAUUUCAAGUUUCUAAAUUCAAUUUUACAGGGAACAGAUUGAACUGUGGCUUUAAUAAUACCCACCCUUGUACAUCUAGUUCUGGAGAUGCUUCCAAGAAAUCAAUGGCAGGAAUUAUAAUUGGGGUUAUUGGAGGAGUCCUUGGUCUUCUGCUGCUUGGAUGCUUGAUGUUGGUUUUGUGGAGGGGUAGGCACAAAGGCUACAAGCGUGAGGUCUUUGUUGACGUUGCAGGGGAAGUUGACCGUAGAAUUGCAUUUGGUCAACUGAAGCGAUUUGCAUGGAGGGAACUACAGCUUGCUACGGAUAACUUUAACGAGAGAAAUGUACUUGGACAAGGAGGUUUUGGAAAGGUUUAUAAAGGAGUCCUUGCAGACAAUACAAAAGUUGCUGUGAAACGGUUAACUGAUUAUGAGAGUCCUGGUGGGGAUGCUGCAUUCCAGCGUGAAGUGGAGAUGAUAAGUGUGGCUGUCCAUAGGAAUCUCUUACGUCUGAUUGGGUUUUGCACCACACCUACGGAACGUUUGUUGGUGUAUCCUUACAUGCAGAACUUGAGUGUUGCCUACCGCCUACGAGAACUUAAACCUGGAGAGGCUGUUUUAGAUUGGGAGACAAGGAAGAGGGUAGCUUUAGGCACUGCUCGUGGAUUGGAAUACCUUCAUGAACAUUGCAGUCCUAAAAUAAUCCAUAGGGAUGUUAAGGCAGCUAAUGUAUUGCUUGAUGAAGAUUUUGAAGCUGUUGUAGGUGACUUUGGGUUGGCCAAGUUGGUGGAUGUGAGAAAGACUAAUGUGACUACUCAAGUUCGUGGGACAAUGGGUCACAUAGCUCCUGAAUACCUGUCCACUGGGAAGUCAUCAGAAAGGACGGAUAUUUUUGGGUACGGGAUCAUGCUUCUAGAACUUGUAACAGGACAACGGGCGAUAGAUUUUUCACGCCUUGAAGAAGAAGAUGAUGUGUUGUUGCUUGACCAUGUCAAGAAACUAGAAAGGGAAAGGAGGUUGGAUGGCAUCGUGGAUCACAAUCUGAAUAAGAAGUACAACAUGCAAGAAGUGGAGAUGAUGAUAAAGGUAGCAUUGUUGUGUACCCAAGGGUCACCAGAGGAGCGGCCAGCCAUGUCAGAAGUGGUGAGAAUGCUGGAAGGAGAAGGGCUUGCUGAACGGUGGGAAGAAUGGCAGAAUGUUGAAGUUACACGUAGGCAAGAGUAUGAUCGUUUACAAAGAAGAUUUGACUGGGGAGAAGACUCCAUCUACAAUCAAGAUGCCAUUGAGUUAUCUGGUGGAAGAUGACUUGUUGGUAUGUACGUACAUACAUGUUAUUCUUCUCUACUUGUUUGUAUCAAAAUUCAUCUUCUUGUGUGUUCCUCUCCCCCUAGUGUUUAUAAAAAUCUAAAAUGUUCUGAAAAUUACUAUUAUCUGAAUGGGAUGUUCAAAGACCAGUCUUAUCUGAA